GCCCGCCGCCCGUUCGGCGCGUCAGUCGGCGGCGAGAGUCCGGUGGUGGGUGCGGAGCCCGAGCCCGUUCCCGCGGCGGCUUCAUCUUCCUCCCCGUCCCCCCCUCGUCCCCUACCCCUCACCCUUUCUGCCCCCCAUCCCGGCUCCGUCACCCUCCCGCCCCCUACACUCAGGACGAGAAUGCCCUGCCCGGAACAACCUAGCAGCGCCUAGAUGGCUUUGGUCACGGUCCAGCGGUCGCCUACCCCCAGCACCACCUCCAGCCCCUGCGCCUCGAGCUCUUAUUUGGAAGACAGUGAGUCAGCAGCAUUACUUUGCUGUGAAUGUGGAGAAUCAGAAAUCUUUAGUGAUUUCAAUGAGGCCGACAGUGGGGAGGAGGAAUGCCGGUCACAGCCCAGAAGCAUCAGCGAGAGCUUUUUAACUGUCAAAGGUGCUGCCCUUUUUCUACCACGGGGGAAUGGCUCGUCUACACCAAGAAUCAGCCACAGACGCAACAAGCAUGCAGGUGAUCUCCAACAACAUCUUCAAGCAAUGUUCAUAUUACUCCGCCCAGAAGACAACAUAAGGCUGGCUGUAAGAUUGGAAAGUACUUACCAAAAUCGAACACGCUAUAUGGUGGUGGUUUCAACUAAUGGUAGACAAGACACGGAAGAAAGCAUUGUCCUGGGAAUGGAUUUUUCGUCUAAUGACAGUAGCACUUGUACCAUGGGCUUAGUCUUGCCUCUCUGGAGUGAUACCCUAAUUCAUUUGGAUGGUGACGGUGGGUUCAGCGUAUCAACAGAUAACAGAGUUCACAUAUUCAAACCAGUAUCUGUGCAAGCAAUGUGGUCUGCACUACAGAGCUUGCACAAGGCUUGUGAAGUGGCCAGAAUGCAUAACUACUAUCCAGGCAGCCUUUUCCUCACUUGGGUGAGUUAUUAUGAGAGCCAUAUCAACUCAGAUCAAUCCUCAGUCAAUGAAUGGAAUGCUAUGCAGGAUGUGCAGUCUCAUCGGCCUGACUCUCCAGCCCUCUUCACAGACAUACCAACUGAACGUGAACGAACAGAAAGGCUUAUUAAAACCAAAUUGAGGGAGAUUAUGAUGCAAAAGGAUUUGGAAAAUAUCACAUCCAAAGAGAUACGUACAGAGUUGGAAAUGCAGAUGGUGUGCAACUUGCGAGAAUUCAAGGAAUUCAUAGACAAUGAAAUGAUAGUGAUCCUUGGUCAGAUGGAUAGUCCUACACAGAUAUUUGAGCAUGUGUUCCUGGGCUCAGAAUGGAAUGCCUCGAACUUAGAGGACUUACAGAACCGAGGGGUACGGUACAUCUUGAAUGUCACUCGAGAGAUAGACAACUUCUUCCCUGGAGUCUUUGAGUAUCACAACAUCCGAGUAUAUGAUGAAGAGGCAACGGAUCUCCUGGCUUACUGGAAUGACACGUACAAAUUCAUCUCUAAAGCCAAGAAGCAUGGAUCGAAGUGCCUUGUGCACUGCAAAAUGGGGGUGAGCCGCUCGGCCUCCACUGUGAUUGCCUACGCAAUGAAGGAGUACGGCUGGAACCUGGACCGAGCCUAUGACUACGUGAAGGAAAGGCGCACAGUGACCAAGCCUAACCCCAGCUUCAUGAGACAACUGGAAGAGUACCAAGGGAUCUUGCUGGCGAGCAAACAACGGCAUAACAAACUCUGGAGAUCUCAUUCAGAUAGUGACCUCUCAGACCACCACGAACCCAUCUGCAAACCUGGGCUCGAGCUCAACAAGAAGGAGAUGACCACUUCAGCAGACCAGAUUGCUGAGGUGAAGACUGUGGAGAACCUUGCAGCCAUGCCGCCUGUCUUUGUGGAGCACGUGGCUCCACAAGAUGCAAAUCAGAAAGGGCUUUGUACCAAAGAAAGAGUCAUCUGCUUGGAGUUUUCGUCACAGGAAUAUCAUGCCGGACAGAUUGAAGAUGAAUUAAACUUAAAUGACAUCAAUGGAUGCUCAUCAGGGUGUUGUCUCAAUGAAUCAAAAUUCCCUCUUGACAACUGCCAUGCAUCUAAAGCCUUACUGCAACCUGGACAGGCCUCCCAAGUGGCCAACGAGUUCCCAGACUUAGCAGUGGAAGAUUUGGAGACGGAUGCUCUGAAGGCAGACAUGAAUGUCCACUUACUGCCGAUGGAAGAGCUGACAUCGCGACUGAAAGACCUCCCCAUGUCACCUGAUCUGGAGUCACCAAGCCCCCAACCCAGUUGCCAAGCUGCCAUCUCCGAUUUUAGUACAGAUCGUAUUGAUUUUUUUAGUGCCCUUGAGAAAUUUGUAGAGCUUUCUCAAGAAACCCGGUCUCGAUCUUUUUCCCACUCAAGGACAGAAGAACUAGGUGGAGGAAGGAGUGAGGGUUGUCGCCUGUCAAUGUUAGAAGUGACGCCUUCCGAAAUGGCAGCUGAUGACCAGAGAAGCAGUUCUUUAAGUAAUACUCCCCAUGCAUCUGAAGAAUCUUCAGUGGAUGAGGACCAGUCAAAGGCAGUCUCAGAACUUGUCAGCCCAGACAUCAUCAUGCAAUCUCACUCAGAAAAUGCAAUUUCAGUCAAAGAAAUUGUCACUGAAAUUGAGUCCAUUAGUCAAGGAGUUGGGCAGGUUCAGUUAAAAGGAGACAUACUCUCUAACCCAUGCCAUACACCAAAGAAGAACACCAUCCAAGAGCUGCCUCUGGAGAGGGCACAGGCACCUGAGAACAAAGCUGGACAUUUGGAGCAAGACGAGCGUUUGUAUGCAGACCAGCCUGAACUAGCCGAAGAAUCAGGGAAGUGCAACUCAGAAGGCUGUCCAGCCACACACCCAUCCACAGUAGACUUGGAAGAGGAGGAACCAGGCGAGGGAGAACAGGACUGGGGCCCAGGGAUGCAGCCUGGUGCCAAGUGGUGCCCUGGGUCUGUGAAGCGAGCCACCCUGGAGUUUGAAGAGCGCUUGCGACAGGAGCAGGAGCACCAUGGCACUGCCUCUGCAGGUGCCACGUUAUCCAAUCGCAAAAACUCUAAGACUGACGCUUCUGCAGCAGACCUAAUGCCAAAAUGGAGAAGCGAUGAAGCCACCCCAGAACAUUCAGUUCCCCUCCGAGAAGCAGAGAUGAGCAAGGGGAAAGGGAAACUGAGUGGGUCUGAAGCUGGACCACUAGCCCAUGCCGAGCAUAAUGCCACUGCUCCGGCCCCUGAGCUGCUGGAAAGUCAUCCCUUGCAAGCACCUCAGGACUGCCGAGGGUCAGAUACUGGAACUAAGAAGCAGGAAGGAGACUUGAAGAAGCAGAGGACUGUGAUUCCAAACCAGGGAUUCGAGACACAGGCCAUCCCUCUUCCCCUUCCCAAGAGAAUAGAAAUCAUCGAGUACACACAAACAGUUACAUCACUUGAUCCCACUGAGCCAGGAGGUGAAUCAGCACCCAGCAAAGAGGGUGAAAAACAAGGGCUGAGGAAGGUGAUGGUGGACAGGUCUGUCGCUAUGUUUUGUGCGCUGGAUGAAAAUCUCAACAGGACUCUGGACCCCAGCCAGGUUCCUCUGCAUCCCCAAGUGCUACCUCUGCCUCACUCUUCCUCAGAGUGUGACAGGCUCACUCACCCACCCCCCAUGCUAAGCAGCCCUGAAGACCAGGGAAACAGGCCUUCAACGCCCUUGGAGAAAGCCGCACCUUUGGUCAGUUGCAGUGCCCACACAGCCCCCGCCCACGUGGACUGCCUGCAUCCCCAGUCUGUGGUUCACCUGGAAGGCUGCACAGAGCAGAGCAGCACCACAGACCGCGAGCCGUCCACAGAGUGGGUUGGCUGGUCAGGCGGCCAGCAGGGCUUCCCUGCAGGUAGCCGUGGAAUGGCACACAGGUUCUCUCAGUUAAGUAACGAAGACCUAAGUUUAAUUAACAAACUUGGUGACAGUGUUGGGGUGUCACAGAAAAAACUGGACCCGUCGUCACCUGAAGCCUGUCGAAUCCCACAUAGCUCUAGUAGUGAAAAUAUAAGAAAUCUCAGCCACAGCCCUGGUGUAGUGAAGGAGCGCACUAAAGAAAUUGAGUCUCGAGUGACCUUCCAGGGAGGGGUCACCAAAACAUCACAAAUGAGGCGCUCAGCUUCUCUUGCCAAGUUGGGUUACCUGGACCUUUGUAAGGACUACUUAGCAGAGCGAGAGCUUGUCUCCUCGGAAUCCCCUCAUCUCAAAUUGCUUCAGCCCUUCAUCAAAACAGACUCAGGCAUGCAUGCCUUGAUGGCCCAGGAGCCCUCAGAAAGCCCAGGUGCCCACCAGAACCCACAGCCCACCAAGUAUUUCGUAGAGCAACUCAAAACAACAGAGUGUAUUGUGCAGAGCAAACCAGUGGAGAGGCCCCUUGUGCAGUAUGCCAAAGAAUUUGGGUACAGCCAGCAGUGUUUGCUCCCUAGGGCAAGACCAGAAUUGACUAGUUCUGAAGUAGGCCUUCCUUUGCUACAGACACAGGGCCUGCAGUGUACAGGCCCCGCUCCAGGGCUGGCCGUGGCACCCCGCCAGCAACAUGGCAGAACUCACCCCCUUAGGAGACUGAAAAGAGCAAAUGAUAAAAAACGGACAACCAACCCCUUCUAUAACACCAUGUGAUCCUGAGCCUGCACACACGGUUUUCUAAGAAAAAUGUUUGGGAAGGGCGGUGUGAUAUGUGAGGAACGUGCACUUUAUCAUUAAUUUUAUAAUAUUUUGUCAUUUUACUGUUCCUGGCUCAUGCAGGGUUUGAGUUUUUCCAUGUGUGUUAUGUGCGUGCGUGCGUGCGUGCGUGCGUGCGUGCGUGCGUGUGUGUGUGUGUGUGUGUGUGUGUUGAUUUGGAUGGCAAGAUCAUUUUAUCAUUUUUUAUUUUUAAAAAAUUCAAACCUCAAAAAGAUCUUUUUCAAAGAGUACCUUUAUCAAAGGCAAAUCGCUGUUUUUCAGUCACGGCCACCUGUCACUUUCUCAUUUGCCCUCAGAAAAAAACACUGCUUGACUGAGGGAAGGGCAGAGGGCAGGUGGCCCUGAGGGGGGGAUUGGAGAGGCCUCACCAGGCCACAGCGGCCUGCCCACUGCGGGCAGGAGGAGGUUGCUGCUCCGGCCUUCCUCUCCAGCCCUUUUUGGAGUUCAUGAAGUUGCGGUUUCUGCUCUGCCUUAAGAGGCAGUUGAGACUCCGUUUCUUCUGGUAUCCCAGAACAUAUCAAUCAUUAUGAAAAAGGGAUUGGUGAUUGGCCUGGCGAUAGAAUUCUAUGAAGCAAAUAAUUUUCCCCAAGAAAACAAUCUGAAAAUCUAAGAGGACCCUAAGCCAAACUCCAGGUCGUCAGGAGAGAAGCGCAUUGAGAGAGGGUAGAAGCAGAGGUGGAAAAGCGGCCCUGAGUGACUUGUGGGUUGGUGGGGUCCACACAGGUGGGCCCGGCCCCUCUGCUAGGUGACAGGCUCUGCCACAGGCUUGAAAAACAGCAGCGUCAGUGUGUUCUUGUCAAAUGAAUUCAUAUGUGGGGUUUUAACCCUUCCGUUACUUGAAUAUUCUGUGGGCCUUCUGAGUUGAUGGCCAUAGUUUUCCAAUUCAUUUUCUUCUCUCUCGCUGUUUUCCCUCUCGUGCCCCUUUCUUAACUUCACAAACUAUAUUUGAAUUGUUACAUUGAAUACAUAUAACCUAUUGAACACAGUCUUCUAUGUUGGCCCUGUUAACACUUGACCGAAGUUGGUUUUUUCCUCAUUUUCCUGGAAGGUUUGUCUUCUCUCUACAGUUCAUACACAGUAUUUAUGUACAUAAUGUCACUUUUUAAUGUUUUGUUGUUGAUAUUGUGGGGUCUUUUUUGAUUUAUUCUUUUUAAGGAGUAGAGUUGCAACUGGAAAACAGACACCAGAAAUAAACUGAUAGUUGUUGAUAGGAAUCUACACAGUAUAUUGAUGGUGACUUUAAUUGUUUUAAAUGGAAACUUCUAAUUGCCAGCUCCUGCCAAAUUAUGCACUUCCUCUUCAGAAGCCCUUGUAGGCUCCCGUUAGACCCCCCGAAUGCUGACGUCUCGGAACAUUGUUUGCCAGGAUUGAAGCACAGCCAGGCAAUGUGUGUGCAUUGCUCAAAGGAGCCUCCUGUGGAGCUGAGACUUGGGGCGGCUCAGCCAAGGCACAGAUUCCAUUUAGGGUCCCAUUGCUUUGUUGUGUUGUGAUGAUCUUUAACACUGGAGGACCUGCUGUAAAUAAGCCUCUGAGAGUCUUCGAGAAAACGUCUGACCUGAAACAAAUAACCCAGUAACCCACCAUAGCGCAUCAAAACUGUAAAGGUCCACACAUUUGUUUCCUGCUGGCUUUUGUUGAUGUCCACGUUGCUGAGGAUUGUGUAGGUAAGAGCCAGGGACUCAGGUUUUUAACUUAUCACAGAUUAUCAUCAGAGACAGAAUCUGGAGGGAGCAGGUAGUAGGAUACAGAAAAGGGAAACAGUCCAUCUUCAGAGCUGUGGGUCCAGUUGCCAUACUAAAGCCAUGGUUGGGUAUGAUGUCACUGCCAGGAGGCAGUUAGAGGCCAGCUGCUGAAAAUGUAUGGUGGAGGAGUUAUAUGUACCUGUGCUGUCGUUCGGUAGUUUCUUUAAAUGUCACAGCUUUGUGAGUCCUGUGUUGUCUCAUUAGGUGGUGUGUACCAGUGUGGGGGGGCUUGGGAGGCAAGAUGAUGAAUUCCAGGGCUUUCUGCUAAAGAGCCCUGUCUACCAAUAUGAUGGUAGGACAGGAAAAUAUGGUAGAGUAAGGAAUAUCUGCAUGGAGGUUGAGAGAGUGGCAUCACCAAAAAGUAGUAAUAAAAGCUGGGUAUAGUGGCUCACAUCUGUAAUCUCAGCACUUGCUGAGGCAGGAGGAUCACUAUGAGUUGAAGGACAGCUUAGGCUACAGAGUAAGACCCUGUGUCAAAAAAGGGACAUCUAUAUGCCACAUAUUAUCAACAAUGGGCACUAUCCUCUCAUUUGCCGAUACAGAACGCAUUUCUCACAGCAAAGACUAAGAGAAAAUCCUCUAAUGCUUUUCUUUUGUGGGGGGAGGGGAGAUACCUAUUUCUAUUUUAAAAAGUGGAAGAAACCAUCUUGUGCUGUCUUCCUUCUUAAUUACAUUUCUUAUCAUUUAACUCACCUGCUUAGGUAUCUCACACAGGAUCUAUAAUUCAGCUAUGCCAAAACGGUCUUGCCGGCCCCCCCAAACCCCCACAUUUGGGUGUUCUUAAGUCAUGUUCAUGGCUAAGGCAGGUACAUAAUAAGCUUCAACUUUGGAUAAUUUUAGAUAGCCUCUUUGCCUUUUCUGUUCGUGGAAAGUCCAGACCUAACUGGUGAACAGCUAAGCAGGAAAAACCUUGACCUUGACCAGCGCUUCGCCUCCUGCUCAAUCCUUCCUGUCUUUACUGUUUUUAAGACCACUGCAGUCCUGUCAGUGGUCCUGGAAGAGUGUGUGAGUGAGCACACAUGUGAGCACUUCCACAGGCUGGGCUAAGAGUUCAGUGCCUGGGAUGAUGGCCCCGAGCAGACAGGACUAGAGCUGUAGUCUGGGUGACCGGGAAGUAGGAGAGGAGCCCAGCCAGCUGUCGGCUUUUAGAAACAGCGGCAACCGAGCGGGGAGCUCUCACACCCACCGCAUCUGGUUGCCUCUUGUUCUUCUUAACACGUUUGCUCCUGCAUCCUCACCUCUUCAGGGUCUUUAGCCUUUGUCUCAGCCCUGGGUCCUCCUUUCUCAUUUUGGGAAGUACCCAGAGCUCCAGGGACAGCCUGGGAAUACGUCCCAGGUUCUGAGGCCUCCUGCUCCCGAGCCUAGAUGCCUCAUCUGAGAAGUUUCAUUUAGUAAAAAAUGUUCUGUGGGAGUUGGGUUUUUUCUAAGAAAGCAUUAUGCAAAAAGUUUUAAGGGCAUUUUAAAGAAAAGCCAUUUUUUGGGCUUUUUCAAACUAUUUGUGGAUACUUUGUUUACUUUGUGAGUAUUAAAAUAUGCAUCAUCUUGGUGGCUACUCAGGCACCGAAGCCAUGUCUGUCCUGUGAGUCCUCCCCCAGAGAAAUGCCAUAUUAUUAUCAGCCCCUGUGGAUAAAUGGGUCAGGUGUGGCUGAUCUCCGUGUCCCGCACUCAUCCAGCAGUCUUUUUUCUCAGUGCUGGUGUGUCGUCAUAGUGAUGAUGGUGAUGGUGAAUGGGUAGUAUGGUGGUUUCAUUUUCAAUUUUCGAUGGUAGACAAGGUGACAUUUUCAUUGUCUCAGCACCAGUCCAACUUAAAGCAUCAUGGACAUUGUUAUCCCUUCCAGACUAAAAGAUCAAGCAUGUAUUGAACAUAAGUGUAUGUGUUGCCUCAACUCAUCUGGCACCCAUAUUAGGAAGAGACGGGCCACCAGAGCAGGAAACUGCACACUCCUUUCCCCCAGGCUUUGGGAUUUCUUGAUGCCUUGGAGAGCUAUUGCAAGGUGCUUCUGUAUUGCUCCAGCCUGAAGCGGAGGUGACUAGGCCUAGCUUCUGCUAUGAAGAGAACCAGCCUCAUCUCGGUGUCCCAGAGAUCUAGGAUGGGGUUUCUAAACUGGAAUCAUCCCUUAUCAGCUUGAAGAGCCCCCUCCCCCAAAAGUUAUAUGGCUGGGGCUGCUAUCUGUCUUCACAGUGCCCUGCCUACAGAGAGCUGAUACCCCAAAUGGAAAACUGAGGAACUAACCUGAUGUUUCCUAGUCAGUAAGCCCACUGGGAAUUGUUUGGUUUUAUGGGGGUUUUAUUGCGAUUUGUUUGGCAUAGCUAAAGGUGCCUUCCCCUCCCCCUUUUUUAAACUUUGUUUUGUAGGACUUGUUCAAAACACAGACAAGUCCAAAAGACUCGCACUGACUGUUACCUUUGCCCAGGCUACCCCAAACUUCUAUGCUCUCAUUUUAUUAAAUAAAAGCAGGUGCUCCCUGGAAUCUCUGGGACCUUUUUGAGGCAUUUAAAGCAGAAUAUAAAGAGUGGUCUCAUCUCCUUCCUUCAUCUUCCUGGUGGUUGGGAUGUCCCACUUGUACCAUAGUUGUUUUUAUUAUUACUGAUGUGCUCCGCUGUUUAUAAAUGUGAACUUGUGCGCAGAUGUGCAGACUCAAUGUUCUUGUUACAGAUUGAAUAAAUUUUUAUUUUGAAGACAAAA